UUGAUGGAAAAAUAAAAAACCCUAAUAAACACAAUACUGGUCAUUUGCAUUGCAGUUCAUCGGAGAUCUUUCCUUCCUUUCCAUCACAGCCGCCGCCACCAUGGUUAACGUUCCAAAGACUAAGAAAACUUACUGCAAGAACAAGGACUGCCGAAAGCACACCUUGCAUAAGGUGACUCAGUACAAAAAGGGAAAAGAUAGCUUAGCUGCUCAAGGGAAGCGUCGUUAUGACAGGAAACAGUCAGGUUAUGGAGGACAGACCAAGCCUGUCUUUCAUAAGAAGGCAAAAACCACUAAGAAGAUUGUGCUGAGGUUGCAAUGCCAAGGUUGCAAGCAUGUGUCACAGCACCCAAUUAAGAGAUGCAAGCAUUUUGAGAUUGGAGGAGACAAGAAGGGCAAGGGAACCUCACUUUUCUAAGCAGUUAUUUGUUAUUUUGAUAUCAUUUCAGCUUAUAGAUAUUACGUCUCUUUUCGAUUUUCUAUGCAACAAUUAGCUUUCUGUUGUACCGGUUGAAUUUGGCAUUACUAGUUGAUGGAAAUAUCUGUUUUGGAGCUUUUGGGUGUUAAUUGGAUUUUGAAUUCGGAAAA